GGAAGUAUGUCUCUGCCUGGUGACAUGUUCCGAGUGAUUAGAAGCAGUCAGUGCUAAGGUCAGCACUCGUCUUGCACAACUAUACGGCACUAAUAAUAAUCAUGCUUUAAUCAAUGACAUAUUUGACACGACUAAUCAUCAGUGCUGCAGAGACGAUCGAUGCUAUUCUAAUUGUUGUGAGUAUCGACCGAUUUUAACAUCGUGGGUAGUUUAUGCUAACGCUAACAAGUGUAGUAGACCAGCCCAUUUUUGGACACUAACUGACAGCCAAGUAGUAGCUAAUAGUAGUAGCUUUUUCAAUGGCUCUGUCUAAAUGCUCCCGCCUGAGCGGUCCACUGAUCAAACAACUGCUUGACACCGUGGAUAACGUACUCUUUGACUGUGACGGUGUCAUCUGGCGAGGAAACCAGGUUGUUCCAGGUGCACCGGACGUAAUUAAUCUACUCAAGAAAAAUGGAAAAGGAGUAUAUUUCGUCACCAACAACAGCACCAAAACUAGAAAGAUGUACGCAGAAAAAUUGACACUGAUGGGAUUCAACGUGACCGAGGAUGAAGUCUUCGGGACUGCGUACUGCUCUGCAAUGUACCUAAAAAACGUCUGCAAGCUCAAUGGAAAAGUGUACCUUGUAGGUAGCAAUGCCAUGAGACUCGAACUGGAGAAGGUCGGGAUCAGUCAGACCGGCGUGGGGCCCGACCCAAUAUCUGGAGUCCAGAUAGACUGGGCCAACGUUCCCCUAGAUCCUGAUGUGAAAGCAGUGGUGGUGGGCUUUGACGAGCACUUCAGCUAUACAAAGCUGAACAGGGCCAUGCAGUACCUCAGCAACCCUGCCUGUCUACUGGUAGGAACCAACACGGAUACCAGGCUGCCCUUGGAGGGUGGGAAGGCUGUGCCAGGAACCGGCUGUAUCCUGAAGGCAGUAGAAACAGCUGCCCAGCGCCAGGCCCAAACCGUGGGGAAACCCAACCACUUCAUGUUCGACUGCGUGGCCCAGCAGUUUAGCCUGGAUCGGGACCGCUGUCUGAUGGUGGGGGACCGGCUGGACACGGACAUCCAGCUGGGCUCCAACUGCGGCAUGAAGACCCUGCUCACCCUGACGGGGGUCAGCACCGUGGCCGACGCCCAGGCCCACCUGGAGAGCGGCAGCCAGGAGAGGCAGGGCAUGGUGCCUGACUACUAUAUAGACAGCAUCGCCGAGCUCCUCCCAGCUCUACAGGGAUAGAGCGCUGUCUCACGGCAGGAAGCUAAGGACCUGAGUGUGGCACAGGAAGAGCCUCCCACCUGUAUGGAGACAAGGAGAAUGAAGCCCCAUUCUCUUCCACUCUCCUUGCAUCUCCCUCCAGUGUCCUGGCACCUGCCUUUUCCACCUCUCAGCCACGCCUCAGUCUGGUCACAUGGGACUUCCUCUGGAUGACCAGUGUGGACAGAGCCGCAUAUGUGGAUCUUAGUGUGGACAGAGCAUCAUAUGUGGAUCUUUAGCCUAAUGUGUGGCUUCACUAUAUAUAUCUAUGACUAUAUCUGUGAAUCAACAUUUAAGGCUCUGUGUGUUACUGGUGCAAGACUGUAGGUGUAGAACUAUUUCAAGACCCUAUUCAAGGCUUCAAAUUGUCAAACUGUUUAGGAUGGUACACACUCAAAUGACAGCUAUAUUAAUAACAUACUGCAUCAAUCAAACUAAUCACUAAUGUAAUUUAUUGUUGUUUAAAGUUAUUUUAGCUAUGGAUAGAUAACUGUACAAAUCAACAAUCUCCAAACUAUAUUUUUGAAGAAUCGUUGUUAAAGUGUAAUCCGAGAUUAGACAGAGAAGUUGUGUAAAAGUGGAUUGUGCAGACCAUACAUCCUGUGGUGCAAUGGGCCCUCUGAUGCAACGUUGCCAUGGGGGUGGGCAGGGACAACGUGUGCCAGUUGAGUGUUUUAGAUUUUCCAAAUGAGUGGUACUCUUUCUAGCCUAUUCUCAGUUAAAAGAAUGUCUAUGGAAAUUGUGUUUUAAUUACAUGUUUGAAGAGCUCUUUAACAAUACUUCAUCAGGAAUAACUGUUUGCUAUAAUGAAGAAAACCAAGUGUCUGUAUCUUUUGUUUUCAGUCUAACCGUUUACAUGAUAUACUGUAUUCACCUGCUCAAGUGUACUCUAACAUAAUGUUAAAACAGCAGUGAAUAGCAGGUCAUAGUUAUGCACAACAAUAUUCAUGUCAGUUGCAAUGACUACUUAAUAUUGUACUGUAAUAACAGUUUAUUUAACACACAAAGUAUAAUCCAUUAUCCAUAUCUUAAUGUCUAUCCAGCAUGUAAUUGUCAACUUGCCAUCCACAGUUUUCCUUGGCGCAGACAACAGUAUUUACCUUGACUUAAGUUGACAGAAAACACUGAACAAAUUAAUUAAAAUAUACUUUUACAAUGUCAAA